AUGCCUAGACUACUGGGCUUUGGACCAAGCUGGAAACAAGAUGAAGUCGAAGGCACAACAUCCAGCCCCAGCGAUGCAAGCCAUGUACCUGCGGCUUCCGGCACUUCUCUGCUUCCCAGACCGGUGGCCUCCUUUGUGUCAUUGAUAACCCAGUCCACCUCCCUGUCUCUCCGCCUGGGAACUUACUUUGGCGGGGUCGCUCUCGAUGGGGCACGGGUUACAACACUGACUGGGCUAGAACUCAGUCGAGCUGUAAUCGAAGGGGUUUUGACUAGGGCAGGGAGAGAUGUUGCUUUUCGGAGUAAUGGGAAUCAUGGGAAGGCUGAAGCAGAGUCUAUCCUCGAGAGGAGUCUCGCUGCACUACAUACUACGGUAACUUCUGCAUCAUUCUUUGCAGCUGCAACAUUCCAUCUUUCCUCUACGACCCUCACAUCCGCCUCGAAUAUGUCCCAAGCCCUCCUAUCGACGCUAGACGCGAUUCUUGGUUCCACCGAGUCCUCAAGAGCGAUUGCCGCAAUCAUAACCCUUAUCCGGCAGGAGUUCAGCGACCCGAGUGCUCAAGUUGGUUCUGAGAAAGUUGGAGUUGGCGAUCUCCUUGUUGGAACCGUCGGGUUUGCGAUGCUCCAACGGUGGGGUAGGAAGAACACAGAGAGACAUAUACGCAUCAAUGGCGGGCUGGAGACUAUAUGGGAUGUUGUCAUUUUGGACAAUGGAAUUCGAGCAGAUGUCGUUGAGACGCACCAGAUCCAGCCUGCGAGCAACCCCCGGGAAAACAUGCCGAACAGGUCACGCCGAUCAUCAUUUAUGUCUCCUGGAAGUAACGAAGACGGUUUUGAUGUGAUUCAGCGUCCAUCGAGCAUAACAGGUACUGAGAAAUCACCUUCCAUCAUCCUGCCAACUGAUCAGAACCAAAUGUCCGAGGAAGACAUCCGUCUGUACAUUAUGAAACAGCUCCCUCGAGGUUGCCGUGCCUCGAUCAAGACCGACUCAGUAACGGCCCGUACAAUAACCGUCAAUGUCUAUGAUGAUGAAAGCGGAGAAAUCACAGCUCCACCGGGCACUAUGGUUGUCGAAGAACGCUUCAACGACGACUCGCAUGAUGGGCGCAUGGCCUCAACUAGUCAGCAAACUCCAAAGCAUACUAUUGUUUUCCGGACAGCGUUCAACAAGUCCCAAAGUACUGACGUGAGGCCUCCUUCAAGGCACUUUGUCGGUACGAGUGAAGGUGUCGAUAAGCAUGGUAAUGAUGGUUCUCGACCUAUUACUGAGCUAGACGACUCUGCUGUGUUUGAUUCGGAACCGGAAAGCACAUUUAAUGACACAAAUCGAGAAGCAAAACGCCGGAAACAGAAUUUUGAGCCAGGUCACUCAUCAUCCAAUACUCGCAUUUCAAGCCCCCCUCCGAUCUCCUCGAGGGAAGCGCCGCAGUCUUCCAGGCGAAUCAGUGGAGAUUCAAAGGCGAUGUUUGGCAAGGGCUCACUAGCAAAGAUUGCGCAGAAGGUCAGACCGGCCAUCGGCGAAAGAAGCGACCAGUCAAAAAGGUCAUCAUCUUUGCGACUACCCUUAUCCAACGCCCAGCUUACAUCCGGAAACCUGACCCAGCGUAACAAGGCUCACAAGGGAGCGGCUGUGGAUAAAAAGUCACCCCAACAAGCUCAGACGGGAAAAUCUAUCUUGUCCACCAAAACAAAAACUUCAGCAUUUGCUGCGAAUAGAAGCGCUCCAAGGACUUCUUUGCAAGACACAAGGGCACGACCUAUCCAAAGCGUUGAGACAACUGGUCGCCGAGGAUUGGCUUCGAGGGCGGAAUACUACGAGGUGCAUGAAAAGAAUCAAGAAUCAUUAUUGGUACAGACUGAUGCUUUUACUGUCUCGCGGGACUCGCGGCCCUCUUCACCAACAGCGACGAGGACUCAUGUCCGCAGUAGUAGUUCAAUGUCGCUUACGCGGUCUAAAGCAGAUACUACAGUGGCUAUACAUACUGAUAACAGACCAAACUCUUCAGCCAACCGCAGGUCCAAGUCAUAUUCAUCUAGUAUAUACUCAGUUGCAACAGCCGGAUCUGAAACAUCACUGGUCCUUGCUCAUCGUGCUCGGAAAAGCGCAUAUGACGAUGCCUCAACUAUUCAGGCGCUCAAUCGAGAUGGUCUUGUUCCAGGCAUUUUUCCUCAACGACACUUUGUGCGAAACAUCAGACGUUUCUGUCGAUUCUCCUCUGCAACAUAUGGGUCCAACGCUCUCCAGGUCAUGGGUGUUCCGCGAGCCCCAAAGGGUUCUGCCAAAGAGAAGAUUCAGAGUCAAGAGCAUAGCGAUUUCUCUGAUCACAUAGGGCUGCCGGCCUCUGCCAUUCUUCUCUCGUCCUUCGCGGACCCUGCGGGUGGGUCUAACGCCGCAGGCGAAACACAGAGUGGCUUUCCUCUUGUUCAUUACCUGUUCCUUGACCACGAGUCUAAAGCCGUCGUGUUAGCGCUGAGAGGGACAUGGGGCUUUGAAGAUGUUCUCACGGAUAUGACUUGCGCGUAUGAUGAUUUGGAGUGGCAGGGCAGAACCUGGAAAGUACACAAGGGUAUGCAUGCCUCGGCGAAACAUCUCCUGAUGGGAGGGGGCAGGCGGGUCAUGAUUACUAUCAGAGCUGCCUUGGAGGAAUUUCCAGACUACGGUGUGGUAUUAUGUGGUCAUUCACUCGGGGGUGGAGUAGCGGCGCUUCUUGCUACGAUGAUAUCCGAGCCUACCCACGGAACAUCCCUGGUGUCCUUCACGACUGCUUCACACUCUGACGGGCAGGCUGUCUCUAAUGGUACCGAAACUGCUGAUGACAACCAUUCUGCUUAUUAUCUACCCCCCGGUCGCCCGAUCCAUGUCUAUGCAUAUGGUCCUCCCGCAACUAUGUCACCAUUCCUCCGUCGGGCCACACGUGGGCUAGUAACCACUAUCGUGAACGGCCAAGAUGUGGUACCCUGUCUCUCGUUAGGUAUUUUGCAUGACAUGCAUACGACCUCUUUGGCCUUCAAGAGCGAUGUUUCUCAGGCCAGGUCUCAUGUUCGCUCUCGAGUCUGGGAGAAUAUACGACAGAGCAUAGUAAACAAGUUCUAUGUCCAAGAGACCCCUCUGCUCCUGAAUGCUGGUGACGGCCUAGGUGAGGAUGCCUGGGCCUGGAGCACUCUGAAAUCUCUACGAGACGCAAUGUGUGCGCCGAAAUUAGUGCCUCCCGGAGAGGUCUUCGUGGUCGAGACGAUGCGCGUUCUUCAACGGAGCGCGUUCACCUCUGACGUAGGGGAAGAUGGCCCACGACUGGGAAGGCCUGCAACAAGAGUGCAACUGAAGUUCAUCCGAGAUGUUGAGACCCGAUUCGGAGAAUUGCGGUUCGGCUCUGGAAUGUUUAGUGACCACAACCCGGCGAGAUACGAAGCCAGCCUUGUCGCCCUCACGCGCGGUAUAUUGGAUGAUUAA